ACGAGCGGUUUUCCUUGAUCCUCUGCAUGCGAUCCCCAAUGCUCUCAGGGGCAAAGCAAUCAGUCUCAAAGUAAGCGAGGCAGAGAGAGAGAGAGGGAGAGGAGAGAUAAUCAUGGAGGUUUCGUUUCCACCGAGGCUGUUUUUCUCUUGUUCUUCUGUUUCCCGAGACCAACUUGGGUUCUCUUAAGUCUUAACCCCUUUCAUCUCCACUACUCGUCUUGAUCUACUCUGAAUGCUCUGUUUUAGCUUAAAGUUUUUCGAAGACCAAAGCAACUAGGAAGAAAAAAAAUUUUCCAUGGCCGGAGUAUUUGGAUGGUAGUUCCCUGAGAAACCAUUUGGGAGAAGGUCGAAAGCUCCUUCCUUUUGUUGUAAGAUUCAAUAAAGAUCUUUUUUUUUUUUUCGUGAAAAGUAGGAUUGAAAGCCAUGGAGUUCUCUCCUCCACCCCCGUCUCCUCUGUUUCCAUCAGAGGGAGAUGGGAAGGUGAAUGAGACUGGCUUCCCACUGGAACAGCAACAGCAGCUGGUUCUUCCCGGUUGGGGACUUGAGGGUUUGAGUGGUGGAUCAGGUUCUUAUGGAAGUGAGAAGAAUGGGCAGAGUGAAGAACUUGAAGGAGAACAUGAAAGCGGGCAGUCCAAGCUCUGCGCUAGAGGCCAUUGGAGGCCAGCGGAGGAUGCCAAACUUAGGGAGCUUGUUGCCCAAUAUGGUCCACAGAACUGGAAUCUUAUUGCUGAAAAUCUUGAAGGAAGAUCAGGGAAGAGCUGCAGGCUGCGAUGGUUCAACCAGUUGGACCCAAGAAUUAACAAGAAGGCCUUCACGGAGGAGGAAGAGGAAAGGCUUCUCUCAGCUCACCGACUGUAUGGAAACAAAUGGGCUCUCAUAGCCAGGUUUUUCCCAGGGAGAACUGAUAAUGCUGUGAAGAAUCACUGGCAUGUGAUCAUAGCAAGGAGGCACAGGGAGCUUUCCAACGCACAUAGAAGGAGAAAGCCCUCAAACUCCAUUUCUUCUUCUUCAGCUAUUGCAUUUGAUAAGGGCCUGCAGGUGCACUACUGUAACAAUGCUUGCAUUGUAGAAUCCACCAUCUCCAGCAAUAGAGAUGAGUCUUUGUCCACCGGCACUGACCUCUCCCUCAACUCAUCUCCGUACAGAAGCUUUCCCGGUCAUGGAUUCUUCACCAGACAUAUUCAUCAAAAGAAACCCCAGCAAUUCCAGUAUCUAACUGGAUCUGAUAAAAAAGUUGCGACUGGAGGAUAUGGAUGUUCUCAGAGGCCAUUUGAUUCUGAAAGUUACUUUGAUCAUGUUCACCCCCUGGUUUUAGUACCAGGUACCGAUCACUCCGGCUACUCUGAUACAAAUUCUGAAGCUUCAGCAACUGGUUCAGUGAUCCAUAAGAAAGGCAAUGCCUUUAUCCUUGAAGAGGGCGACAAUGACAGGGAGAAGAUGAGCUUGCCCUUCAUUGAUUUCCUUGGUGUUGGAGCCACAUAGGGAGUUGUUGCUCUACCGCUGAAGCCCGAAGAAGAUGUACAGUAAAAUUAAGAAGAUAAGACUUUCAGUAAACAAAGGGGAAGUGGGCAAGACGAUAAUUUGGGCAUUUCAAAUUUCACAGCGUUUUGUUGUUGAAUCCUUCCUUUCUUCUCCCCAUUGUUAAAAGCCCUUUUGAACUUCACUUUAGCUUUUUCAAACUUUAAUGGGAUGUUCUGGUAAUCACUUCCCAGCUUCUUGUCCUAUCACAUCUUUGUUGCCUCAACUUUCAUAUGUUCAGGAAUCAAAUCAAGUUAGUAGAUUUUUUUAACCUCUCAA